AUUGUUCACGAGGGAUCAGUGCCUGACACCCGGGUCAUCCGUGGAGGAUUCGUUGUUGAUGUUUCGCAGGCGACAGCGCAUGUGAUUGGAUUCGUUGAUGGUGGAGUUUGCGAGACGAGACACUCCGCAUGUCACCAUCGACGUCAACGCCUCCAGUCAACAGCAUUCCACUUCUCUACGUUGCCAUCAUCCAUUCACAAGACCGAGACAACAUGAAGAUUCGGAAAUCGAAAGAUCGGGCUUGCAACUCCCGCAGGAGAGUCACCGCAGGCAUGCUCCUCUCAUUCCUCGCCCUCGCAUCCCAAGUCGACGCAGCCAAAGCCCCCGCCAUCGACCCUUGGUAUCCGCUGCCUGCGCCCAAACAACACAACACUCACGACUUUACAUUAAGGCAUAUAUUCCACCGCGGCACAUAUCAAGACCCAACCCUACACAAGCGAUAUGAUUUCCGUCCUCAGGAGCCUUUGCUCGUCGCAGAGGAGCAGGAUGGUCUGCGGCAUCCGUUGGAGCAGCCGCCACACUUUACUGCAAGAUCCGCCUCCGUGGAGAUUGAGAGACUGGUCGACAGGCAGCCAUACAAUAUAGAGCGCUAUUUGGAAUAUGCUCGCUAUACAGGUUCUCCAGCUGUCCUGGAUGCCACGGACUGGACGAUGGAUGAAGUCAAAGGCCCCAACGUCUCCGAUAAAGACACAGUCCUCAAUCUUGCCAUAAUGGCAGCAGACGCAUAUGCAGAAAUACCAGGCGAAGGAGACUGGCAAGAUGUUGGCCAGGGGUACAAUCGAUCGACUGGAUUUGGUUGGCGGGGGGAUGGCCUGCGAGGUCACAUCUUCGCCGAUGAGGGUAAUGAGACCGUCAUUAUCAGUCUGAAGGGUACUUCCCCGGCUGUAUUCGAUGGAGAUGGAACAACCACCAGAGACAAACUUAACGACAAUCUGUUCUUCAGUUGCUGUUGUGCCCAAGGUGGGCAGUAUUUCUGGCGUCAAGUCUGCGAUUGCUACGACAGCACAUACACCUGCAAUCAGACAUGUCUUAUGAGGGCUCUGAAAAGAGAAAACCGCUAUUAUCGCGCAGCAAUCGACCUGUACACCAACGUCACCGAGUUAUACGCUGACUCCAAUGUCUGGCUUGUUGGGCAUUCGCUGGGUGGCGCUGUGACCAGCCUUCUUGGCCUUACCUUUGGCCUUCCAACUGUCACUUUCGAAGCUCCAGGUGAGGACCUUGCGGCAAAACGUCUAGGUCUACCUUCGCCACCAUCUUCAGAUCCCCACAAACCUCGGACGAAGUAUACUGGAGCAUACCACUUUGGAAACACUGGCGACCCUGUAUUCAUGGGCACCUGCAACGGUGCAACGGCAACAUGCACUCUCGGCGGCUAUGCAAUGGAAUCGCAAUGCCACACAGGGAAACAAUGUGUUUACGACACCGUAAGCGACCUUGGCUGGCGCGUGGGUAUCGGCAACCACAAAAUCCGCAACGUCAUUGAAAGCGUGAUCAAAAAGUACGACGUAGUGCCCGAGUGCGAGCCCGAUGAUGAAUGUGUCGACUGCUACAACUGGAAGUUCUUUGAAAGCAAUGGAUCCGCUUCGACAACAACAACGAGAUCGGCCACCACGACUUCAACCCGUACGAGGACAACCACGUGCAAAACGCCAGGUUGGUGGGGCUGCCUGGACGAGACCUCGACAACCAGUAAAACCACGCCAGUAGUGACCACGACGUAUACCACAACCACUUGUCUGUCACCGGGGUGGUUCGGCUGCAAGGAGACCUCCAACCUCACUCUAACCACGACGACAGCCCCGCCGACGGUUUCGGCUCCGACGACAACUAUUCCCGUUUCAGCGACUUCGACGUCCUCAUCUUGUGAGCAUCCGGGGUGGUGGGGAUGUCACGAUCCGACGACGACGCGCAAUCCAACUCCGUCCCCAACCUCGUCACAAACGCGGGCGACCAAAACCCGUGAGCCGCACACGUGUGCGACGCCGGGUCUCUUCUUCGGGUGCCACGAUCGUCCGCGUCACACCGGUCCGAACGACGUCUCGACCAUACCGACUACGGGAGUGAUUACUGGUGCUCCGAGUCCCACUGCGAGCAGUGAGCAGCCUACGAGUACAAAGGCAGGGCACGGUGGGAAGAAGAAGCAUAAGAGAUGCAAGCAUCCUGCCUUCUUUGGAUUGAUAUGUUUGGACGGGUACGAGGAAGUCGAAAUUCCUGAACUGUAGAGAUGCAGAUUACGAGAUUCACGUUAAUGUGUGGAUGUGGUUAUACUCGGCAUAUCAGCCGAACGAGGUUUAGUGUUUGUUUGUGGUCUUGCGGGCAUUUAGCGUCUUGUGUUGCUUUGGGCGUCAGGUCGAUAUCAGGGCUUGGGGAGUUACGGGUGGGAUUGUUACAUUGCUUGUCAGCAACAUACGAGAGCGACCAGCAGAUUCACUCGUUAGUUUCGCGUUUGCCGGCUUCUUGAGGUAGAUAGCUUCAAAUGAGAGACAGUGCAUACGGUUGAAUGGUACUAUUACACAAGCAUGCCAUUCGUCUGGUGUCAAUGCAUAUCAUUUCG